AUGAGUUGCAAGAUAGAUGCUUACGUCGAUUGUGUGUCUCCGUACUCCUUUCUCGCGGCCCAUUAUUUGAGGCGCAAUCGCAAGGCCCUCGAGUCACAUGGCGUUGAGAUCGAAUUUCAUCCGGUCUUCCUUGGCGGCGUCAAUGUAGGAUCAGGAAACAAACCUCCAUGGACACUACCCGCAAAGGCAGCCUAUUCCAAGUUUGACCUCGCGCGUGCCAGUAAAUACUUUGGCGUGCCGGCUGUCAAGGCUCCCGACUUUUUCCCCAUCUUGACAAUCAUGAUUCUAAUUGUUCAUACUCCUUUCCGACUGAAGCCUCAACGAGGCAUGAUUUACAUCAAACGCCACUUCCCGCGAGAGCGCUUUGAAACAACCCUGCUCUCACUCACAGAGUGGAUAUUCUACAAGAGCAUCGACAUCAGCAAGCCCGAAAAUCUCACCAAGCUGUUACAGUCUCAGCAGUAUUCGGACUCGGAGAUCCAAGCCAUUCUGGGGGCGGCAAAAGAUCCAGAGUACAAAGAGGCGCUGACUUACAAUACGCAAAAGGCGUUAGAUCUCGGGGCGUUCGGUGCGCCGUGGUUCUGGGUGCGUAAUCAGGCUGGUGCAGAGGAGCCUUUCUUUGGAAGUGAUCGGUUCAACUUCAUGUGGCAGUUUUUGGAUAUUCCUUUCCAGGAUUUGACCAUUAUCGAGAAGGCCAGAUUGUAG